AUGUCCCAUGAGACCCAGAAAGCUGAUCAGAUAGCAUUCCACUUCUACACGAAACUUUUUUAUGCAAUCAACCAUGCUAGAGCGACGGAGGACCCGCAGUCGUCUACCAAGACGGACAGAUGGUUCAACCUAGAGACCCCCGAUUCCGACCUAUUUACGAAGGAGACCCGCGAGCCAUAUCGAUACGUCUCGCAAGCAGCACCUCCUGGACCACCAUCAUUUGAUGUGCAGGUGCUGCUGGCUGUUCCGGAGUUAACGAACAACCAAGUGCUGGUCUAUAUGUCUCCUGACUCAUCGCGAGUCAGGAUAGAGCCGACACCCGCCUUCGUCCUCCUCGAACAGUGGACGCUGCAGUUUAUGCCAACGGGAGCGGGGCAGGGCGCACACGCGAACGUACACACGGAUGUCGCACUUCCGAUCAUCUACAAGCAUGGUAUCGUGCUGUUCCGGAGCAUCUUCAGCUUGCUGAGGAUCCUGCCUGCUUGGAAGUUCUUCAAGCGCCUCAAGCGGAGCAGGAAUGGGAAUCUGGCGAUACAGUUGAGGGUAAAGCCGCUAGGAAACGUGGACGACGCAGGUAUACUCGGGUUCGGCGCAUCCCCAUCCCCAACACAUGCCCAGCCACUGUCGACGUCAACCUAUACAUUUCCUGUCAUUCCCCACCUUUCCGGCUCUCUUCUCCUUUCAGCCACAUACCUCGAUACCCCCAACUUCCAACUCGAUGAACUCGAGUCAUUGCUCUCCUCGAGGUUCAUAUCCCUUGACCUGGAAGGUUUUGUGCCAACGUUAGACAAGAAUCGCCAGCGCGACUCUGUUUCGGGUUCCUCUCUCCCUACCAGCAAGUCGUCUCUCUCAAGGUCGCCACCGAGACCUAUCGGUAGGGCCACGUCGGGUGGCCCAACGGCGCCGUUGGAUAGCACAAGCAUCGCAGAGAAGUUCAUCCUGCCUGCUAGAGUGCCCGCCCCGGCGUCGUUGGGCACAAGUGCGAGUACAGGCAACAGCGCCUUAAUUCCACCGCCACGGCCAUUCCCAACAACGACCGCCCAACCAACACCUACAUCAGGUCUUGCCAUCACCCGUCUGCGCAAGGAGAGCCUGAACUCAUCGUCGUCAUCGUCUAUCUCUGCCCGAGAGUUCCCAUUUCCGAUCCCUGGCACCUCUUCCCUGUCCUCAUCACCCGCCUCUGGCCCUCUACCCAUCAGACGACCGAACAUCAACCCAGUACACCCGUUCAAGUCGAAUACACUAUCGAGUGCCUCAGGCUCGUCGCCAUCGCUGUCCAUUCGUCAAGGCAUUCCGGGACCCGGUGCAGGAGUUGGAGGAUCACCCAUCGGCGGUAUCCCGUCGUCACUCUCGGGCGGCGGGCCUGCAGGAGGCGGCCACUCACGACAAGGUUCCUCUGCGUCGCCCGUGCCCAAUGUUACGAGGCUGCCGCCCUCGCCCAUCGGGAGUGGGUUUGGUGCAACACCGUUUGCACCAUCCAGCUUGGGUGACCGCCGGCCCGGAACGAGCGGAAGCGGUGCAAGUUCGGACCGGGAUCGGAGGACGAGCAUGAACAGCAUUGCUUUGGGCGGGCUGGGGGUGGAGUUGGAAGGGGGUACGGGUACAGGACAGGGACCAGCUCCAGUGGCGAUGCAGAGGAAGAGGUAUUCGAGUAGCUUUGGGCACCGCUACGCAGGGAGUGUGAGUAGCUCGACGGGGGUGCCGGCGGCGGCGGGUGGUACGCCGGACAGUGGCAAGGCUAGCAUGAGUGGAAGGAAUACGCCAGCGAGUGGAGGGCCUGAAGGAAGGAAGGAGGGCGUUGCUUCUUACCUGAGCACCACAACAGAUGAUGACGACAUCUCCGUCUUCGUCCAGGACAUCGACUCGAGGAAACCACUCAGUGGCCGUGUCAAGGAGCGAGCUGACAAGGUCCGAGAGCCUUCGCAAGGCAUCUCAGACCAAGGACACGACAGAGAAACAACCGACACGACCGUGAAGGCGGCGAAGGGCAAGCAGCGAGAAACGAUCGUCGACGACGCCCCGCUCGUUGCUUCUCCACCCGCGGACCCGGCGUCGGUGCCAUUGGCAGAGCAACUAGCCGCUGCUGCUGCACUGGCGAGCACAUCGCCAACCCGAGGAGGCCCAAUGCUGACCAGCCAAAGCGAAGUCGAUGAGCGAUUGAGCAGGAUGAAGGAGACCUUCCUCAAGAGCCUCGAAGGCCUCGGUGGGGGCAGCACGCGGCGGAAGGAGAAGGAUAAAGACAAGGAGAAGGAGCGCGAGAAGGAGAAGGAGAAAUCGACGCCAACGCGUACCAGCUCCAGCUCGAACUCCAACGCGAGCACUGUGCGUGGCGUUGGGCUCGUUACGCCAUACCCUUCUUCCUACAACCCCGGCCCUGGGAUGGGCCUGGGUAUUGGUCGAGGUCGUGGUGCGUCGGCGAGCUCGAGCACAUUGGCGACGAGUGACGUUGGUGCUAGCCAGGGCUCGGAAGAGGUUAUUGGUCGUAUGGACCUGUAUGAAGAGCGGAAGCGUGGUUUCCAGGGAUGA